UACAAAACAAAUUCUAUCUAUCUGCCACGUGUUGCUCGCUGGCCGCUGACAAGGCACACAACCAACCCCCGUGGUUACUAGCACUAGUACUGGACUAGCACAUUCGGCACACUCUUCCAUACCGGACCGAAAAUUAACCGGAGAGAACUGGUUAUCCAACCGCCGCCGACGACGAUGAAGAUCAUCCCCGUUCCGUGCUUAGAAGACAACUACGCCUACAUAAUCAUAGAUGAGGCAACCAAAGAAGGAGCAGCCGUGGAUCCGGUUGAGCCUGACAAGGUUCUUGGAGUGGCUAAGGAGAAUGGUGUUGAAUUGAAGUCCGUCCUCACCACUCACCACCACUGGGAUCAUGCUGGUGGAAAUGAGAAGAUUAAGGAGUUGGUGCCUGGGAUUAGGGUUUAUGGUGGUUCACUCGAUAAUGUGAAGGGGUGUACAAAUAAAGUUGAAAAUGGAGAUAGGUUGUCUAUUGGGAAGGAUAUCAAUAUAUUGGCUCUUCAUACGCCUAGCCACACCAAAGGUCAUAUAAGUUACUACCUGACUGGCAAAGCUGAAGAGGACCCUGCUGUUUUCACAGGAGACACAUUGUUUGUUGCUGGUUGUGGUAAGUUUUUUGAAGGCACAGCAGAACAAAUGUAUCAAUCUCUCUGUGUGACAUUGGCAUCGUUGCCACAGCCAACCCGAGUUUACUGUGGCCAUGAGUAUACGGUGAAGAAUCUGCAGUUUGCUCGGACAGUUGAACCAGAAAAUGCAAAGAUAGCGCAUAAGUUGUCAUGGGCUCAGCAGCAGAGACAGGCUGGCCUUCCCACUAUUCCCUCUACCAUUGAAGAAGAACUGGAGACUAAUCCAUUCAUGCGGGUGGAUCUACCGGAGGUUCAGGAGAAGGUUGGUUGCAAGUCCCCUGUUGAAGCCCUUGGGGAGGUAAGGCAGCGCAAGGAUAACUGGAGAGGAUGACUCAGAAUCCGACUGUGACAAUGUUAUGUUGUUUCUAUACAGUAAACUUUGGGUUAGCGGGCCUGUAAUAAUACGCGCAAUGCCAUCGCUCGUACUUCACCAGGGUUGUGUAAGUAACGUAGUUGCUGGUUGUUGUAACUCUGAAAUAUUUCAUGGCGACGACUGUUGUAUCAAACUGUACCUUUUCCCACUGUUGAUCACACUUAGACUUUGUUGUUGGAGGGACGAAACAAACUUUUUUGUUUUCUCGUCAAGUUUACAAGUAAUAUCUGAAGGAAACAACGGCCGUGUCCUUUUUGUGGCUUUU